GCCAAAAUGGCCGCGCGCUAUUACCAUGGGUUGUGGGAGCGCGGGACGAUUUGCAGGGUGAACAUCAGUGCAGCGUGGCCUGCCACCGCGGACCGGCAAUAUCCCGUGGACUUCACAGAGCCCUGCAAGUUAUUUGGCAGCUGAUGGAGAUCUCAAGGUAAAGAUGUUGGUGAUGAAUCAAGUGAGAGGGAUUCUUCAAACAUCUCCAUGCACAUUGCUGUGGAGAAGGUUCCAGGUACUGAGGUCCAUGCAAGUGAGGCCCUGAAGUCUCUUCCUGCACUUACAGAACCCAGAACCACGCCUGCGACCCUUAUUCAUUAGCUUUGAAGAGUGUGAAUUCUCCAGUUAUCAGCCACAGUACCUCAGAGGGGAAAAAUGCCUCCUCUCUGGGAGAAUUUGGACCUUGUUGCAGCAGACAGUUGACAGUCACCAUCUUUUAUGAUCCAGCCACCUGCCUUCAUUUCUGGAGUAACAGAUCAUCUUUCCUUGUGGAAUUUUCAGCUUCUACAGAUAAAUCAGAAGAAGAAUCCAAUGUCUUCAGUGUCUAUGAGAAUGACUUAAUUAACACAUGAUAGUAAGACUUAACAAAUGGGAUUGCAUCCAAUUAAAAAGCUUCUGCACAACAAAAGAAACAACAGAGUGAAGAUAGACUACAGAAUGAGAGAAAAUCUUUACCAGCUACUCAUCCAUCCGACAGGGCAGUAAUAUCCAGAAUAUAUAAAGAACUCAAGAAAAACACCAAAACAUCAAGUUUAUCAACACAUUGAUUUACCAGUACAUGGCAUACUUAGAGUAGGUGACCAGAAGGUUGUGGUUUGCCACAGGCCCUUUAACUACAAACUAGUGGCUAAUACUGCCCAAAGCAUGUGGAUUUCUGAUAGACACUGGAACGAAAAAUACCUACUAAGAAGUUUAUACUCAGUGACAUUAGACCGUUCACUGAACUGGGGUGCCAUUAUUGUAUUAAGAGAUAUCUCAGAUAUGUUUGAAAAGUCACUUUUGUCAUGAAGUCUGUCUUAAGAGAAGAUUACACCAUAGGAAUGUGUUUGUUUUCAAAAUCACAUAUACGGGCAUCAUUCCUUAUUAGAACUGGCCAAAACCCGACUUCAUCAAAAAGCAGAGAAUGUUGAGCAUCUCAUUCCCCUCCACUGCUGACUGACCUAACCUACAUCUCCCAAAGCUCUAGGCCCCUCUAAACUCAGACCUUGCCUUGCUUCCUAAAGCUCUGUUAGAUGUCUUCCGCCACUCAUCUUUCUACUUCAGAUCUAGACUGAGUCUCUUGCCCCAUCUUGCCUGUGUUGCAGGCUUCUCCCUUCAGCACUGUUAAAAUUUGUAACAGUCACAUGAUGUUGAAGGGAAUGUCCUCAAGAAAAAAUUAUGACCACCACCUUGAACCGAUCUCCAACUAUGAGUACUCCAAUUACUCUGCAGCCCUUGGAUACUUUGUUUUUGAUGUUAUGUCUUUUCAACUGUUAGCAGAAAAUGUGCCUCACUCUCCUGCAAGGAAUGAGAGUAAUGUCAUUAAUAUUGGGAAAGGUAAACAUCCACCAUCUGUAUAUGAAUGUAUGAAGGCUGGAAAUUAUACGAGAGUCCGUGUAAAAGCAACAACACCAGUGCUAAAUGUAAAUCUUGGAUGGCUUUUUCAUUUCCUUAACAGCUAAAUUGCAAAGUGUGGCGUUUACAUCCAUCCUCCAAGAAUGAGACGCAUCAAUCAGUUUUACUGAAAAGAGUAAAUUAGUUAUUUGUUUUCCCAUAAAAGAGCAACCAAGUGUGUUAUGCUCAAUUUUACAAUGAUGAAAGAAAGCACCUUCUGUCAAUAGCUUUCUGCAAAAGUUCUCAUAUUUUCUCCCUUUCAGUGUCUGAUACAAAAGUAGAGGCAAGUGCCAGGCCCCUCGGCCAGGAGCUAAGUGUCUGAGACCAGCAAUGAGAAAGGAAGAAGCUGGAGCUGUCCUUGUCGUCCAGGUAGCUUGAGGCACCCCGGCUGCCAUUGUGCCUCGUGCUGUGUCUUCCUGACCCUGUACAGGUCCCUGGCCCAUGCAGUACCCCGAGAACAAUGGGUCCCCUGUGUCCUGUGGUUUUUGUUCUCCCCUGAGGCCAACUGUCCCUAGAGUCCUGGGCGCUUCUCUGCUAGCAGUGUACUGACAUCGAGAACAAGAUCCCCACUUGAGGUCUCCGGACCCCCUAGCUCAGUGCUCUCAUGGGUAGCUACCUGAGCAGUUAUCUGAGCCCAAGUAAGGACGCUGCACAGCCCCAGGCUUCUAAGACCUGCUCUCGGAAGCCUAGGCGCACCCCUCGCAGCACUUUGAUGGCCACAUUCCAGGGCACCUACCUAGGCAAGUACCUAAGCAGCUACUUGCGCACGCGCAAGGCUGUGCUGCAGCCCUCGGCCCAGAAGCACAACUCUGUGAGGCUCAGCGCCGCCCGGCGUGGUGAGCUCAUCAGCAACUACCUGGACCGGUGCCUGAGCACCUACCUAGCUACACGCAAGACCACAAUGCGGCCCUUCAUCCAGAAGUACCACUCUCUGCGGCCUAAGCGCCUAUGUCGCAAUGCAGUCAUGAAUAGCUCUAUAGGCAUUUACCUGGACAAGUGCCUGAGCACCUACCUGGCUACACGCAAGGCCACCGUGCAGCGCUUUGUCCAGAAGCACCACGCCGGGAGGCCCGGGAAUACUCAACGGUACGCAGGUCUCAGGGUGCGUACUCCAAGUGUGCCACCUGACCCUGACCCCAACGGAGUCCAGGGCGCGAUUGCCACUCCGGCUCCAAGCCGUUUUCCUCGCAAGCUGUCUCUCUGGCUCCCAGUGAGGCCCGAUUAUCCUGGUGGCGAAUACAACCAUUACCUGAAGCACAGGAUUUGGUCUCCUCAAGUUCUUUCACCAGGCCCAGAGCCCGAUGAGAGGCCAGAUGCGUGUCCUAGUGUGUCACACCAGCCAUCCACCCCACAAGGAGAGGCUGAAUGCCUGUUCCAAGGAGAGCCAGUGCAACAGGGCCAAAGGAAGUUCAACAACCCUCCUUGGUUUGAGGUUCUGCACCCCAAGAGAAGUGGGCAGAGUCCUGCACCUCGACCAUCUGCCUUCACACCUGUCAUCAGAAAAGGAGUGGCCCAACCCUUUAGGCCCAGGCCAGGGCCACUGAAUAGAAAUGUCGAUGCCACCGAGAUGAUGGAGAGAGAGCGCUGCAGUUUUCCCUCAGCCUGCCCAGCCUGCUGCCCAACCUGCUCAGGACUGGGUUUCAUAGCCUCAACUGGAGAAUCGCAAGCAAGUCCUGAGCUGCCUGCCAACCACCAACCCUCCUGACCAUCCCAGCAGCCCAUUGGGACCCCUGGCCCCUGAGUGUAUCCACCCUGAUGGCCCCCUGGCUCCUGCGGGGCAGGGCCCUGCCUCCUGAAGCCACAGCCUUUGCACCCUACUUACCCCUGCUCUACACCCACAGAAGUCACUGGACAAUCAGGUAACGUCCCACUCCUUCAGGUGAUACAGGUCUGCCAUUCCCUCCUUACCCUGCAGAGCUCACAGCUAAGAGACUUUCUAGGCCUUUCCCCUGCCAACUCAAUCCUGCCUUCCUGAGACCAGACUUGGCAGAUAGGUAGGCUUCCCCUCAAAGUGCCCAGUUUGUGUAGCUAAAUAAUAGUGAAGACCGGAAGUUUCAUCGUCUUAUUUUUUUCUUGUAAGCACUAGUGUUCAUCAUGAUUUCUCCAGUUGGCACUGUUGACAUUUGGGGCCCGAACAUUUUUUUGUGAUUGGAGCCUUUCGUGAGCAGUAAAGGGCAUAAGCAACAUUCUUGACCUCUAACCAGUGGAUGCUAGUAGCACAACCCCAGUUGUGACUUAAUAAUGUCUCCAGGCAUUGCAGAUAUAUCCCCAUAGUACAAAAUCACCCUUUGAUGAAAACCACUGAACCAGAGCUGCAUCCACUUACAAAAGAAACACAAGUGAAAUCUUAAAAUUAUACUUUUGAAGGAAAAGAUUACAAAUAUGUGUAGCGCAAUGCCCUUUCUAUAAAAUAUUAUUUAAUAAAAUUAUUUAAUUCAUAUCUAUAUUUUAUACCUACAUUUAUAUACUACUAGAAUUGUUCUUACAUGUAUUUUCAAUUAAAUAUAAAUUAAUAAAGUUAACUGAAAUUAUUUUGAAAUACUGAUGUUAGUACUGGCAAUAUUUUACUAAGUUCAAUACGAUUAAUAUUAUUUCUUUGUAUAAACUAUAUGAAAACAAAUACAAAAUAGUGUUUCUGGCAUGAUAAAACUCCAUAAGCCAGGUACAGGGUCAUUUCAUACUUUGUUCUUUACAUCUACAGCCUCUUUGCGUAUUGUUCAAAUAUGAUUUUCAUUUUUUUUCCCAUUACGGAGAGAGGAUAUAAUGGUACUUGCUUUCUAAGAGGGUGGAGCUGAUGAUGAGUAAUUAAAUAAAUACACUGGGAAGACAAGAAUGCCAAGUGCUCUAAAAGAAAAAGUAGGUCCGGGAGUGUAGCUCUCUAGUAGUAUGCUUGCCUAGCAUAUCUGAACCUGAAGGUUCUAUCCCUGGAACUAGGAGAAAAAAGCACCACUUAUCUUCAAGAUACAACCCUGCGAUGUAAAUGAAGCCUAAGAAGCGGCUUGGACUGGACUGCCUUGGUGAAAAUACUUUGGGCAUUAUGAAUGGGACUCUCCUGAGCCUUGGACCACAUCGUUUGUCUCUUAGAUCUACCCUCUAAAUGCUAUACCUCAUUCCAGCCAUGGAUAAAACUUUAAACCCACCUCUCCAUUGCUACGUGUUUCUUGGGCAGAGUCAGACCCGUCUGUGUAAGAAAACCUUGUACCUCUGUAGCAUUUGUUUUCAAACUUCUUACCAAAAAUUGUGUUUUACAAUCAUAUUUUGUGACUCUAAGCAAGAACUGAUGAUCAUUUAUUUUGGCUUUGUAUUUAUUCUCUUUUUUUUUUUUAGUAUUUUUAAUUGUAUAGCUUUAUAGAGUUCUCAGAACAAUUCGUUCCUGGAAAUACUGUCUUGUUUAUUCAAUGUAUGUUUCUGUGAACAUUCAUCCUAAAGUUCCUUUCCACAAGACUUAUAUUUCACUUGUCAAUUAAUCCAAAUAAAAUGGUAUAAUAAUGUUAUUAUACUUCUUCCUCUCCCCUGGGUGUAAGGGCCUAAAGAGUUCUUUCUAACCGAUUCUGUUUGGAAAAGAAACGAACAAGUUGCUAUCCAAUCCAAGAGAGCAACGUGAGCAUGCAGUGAUGUCUUGUGGCUCUAACGUCCCCUGACUAUAAACUGAAGUUUUCCAAAGAAGCCACAUUUAUAGUCAAGAACUUCCCAAUUAUUUCACCUUUGCUGAUUGGAACAUUGUGACCUUGUGAAGAAAUAAAAUGCCAUAGAUCAAGAACCAUAACUUAUAUGGGGCAAACUUUAGUGCCCCAUCCCCCCCCAAACCUUUAUUGAGACAGGAUCUCAAUAGGUGGCUGAGGUUGACCUGGAACUUGCCUCAGCCCACAGAGUGUUGGCAUUAUCAUUGUGUGCCACCACACCCUUUAGUCUCUGAUUUUGGUCAUACUAGGGGGUUUGAGCUCAGGUCUUCCCACUUGCUAGGCUGGCACAACACUGAACCGUGCUUCCAGCCCUGUUUUUUUUCACUAAUUAUUUUUAGGAUAGAGUCUUCCCACCCAGUGCCCUCCUGAGCUUCUAUUCCCUACUUCAGGCUUCUAGUCAUCUCUGGGAUCACAUAUGCAGCUUCCCUUCCAUGGAGACAGUCUCGUGGAUUUUUCUGCUCAGGCUGUCCUGGUACAAUGAUCCUAAAUUUGAACAUUUUCUGUAGCUUAGAAUGAUAUACAUGUACUCUUACCUCCAGCAAUGAAUCCAGAACUUUUCUUCCUGUGCUGACUCCAAAUUGCAAUCCUCCCAUUUUUAGCCUUACAAGUAGCUAAGAUUACAGAUGUGAGUCGAUACCUAGGACAGUCAGGGAAGCCCCCAAGAUACUACCUCAAUGGAGGGAAGCUGAAGACAAUGUU